AAUGCAACAUCAUUCAACUUUCGUGUGUGUAUAGAGUUCUCUUGUCGUUGGAUACCAUUACUUACACGGAUUUAUCACUACGCAUUUACCAUAAAAGCCGCUUUUAAGCAAUGCUUGCUUGAAACCUACCAUCACUUGAAUUUUUGGCUAGCCAUAAGUUAUUAGCAUCAGUUUGCUAUCAAUUUUAACCUACGGAUAGAUAUAGGUAAGCAUCUAUUCAAUCAUACAUUCAUUUCCCUCACUAUGUAGAUCAAAAAAAGUAAAUAUUCAUAACUGGCAGGCAAGGGGAAUCCUAACAGUCUCCAUUCUCAUGUUUAGGCACGGGAGAAAGAGUUACGCCGCUCACAAGAGCAAUUCCACUGCUAGUUCAAUCUAUCAAUAUUUGUUGCUAGAGCUCAGCCAUAUCCACAAUGAAAGCCUUGCGUGGUAGAAACCAAAGAUAUUCUUCCCAAGAGGAUGCCUAUCUCUUCAAUUACAGGGAAUGGCGCAAUGAAAAAGUGUCGGAAUCAUGGGCUCAGUUUCUUGCUAGGUUCGAAAAGAAAUUCUGGGUCAAUCCCCGCAGUUCAGCGUCCCUGUUUCGUAGGGCUGGGAGACUUUCUGGUCGCCGCCACCAGACAUUGUCCCGGAAUGGAGAAAUGAUGUGCCAUAUGCUUAAGAUCCGCAAAUCCAGCCUCUGGUGGACCUGGGGAAGGAUUGGCCAGGCAUUUGGUACCAAUGCGAGGACAGCUUCUGGGGCAUAUAAAAGUUUUUUGCAGAGAAACGGGAUUGAUGAAGUUCAAGAUGAAUCUGGUCGCAUAAUAUGGACGAGAUCGAAUAGAAGAAAACUUAGUAGGGCACAUCAUCUCGGUCACUCAUGGGAACAAAUCGCCAAGCAGUUCGGUUACGAGGAGUACAUAUGCAUAGCAGCGCAUUACAUACACUCUUACGGAGAAGGCAAGUCGGGCAACUUGAAUGCAUCUUUUCAUCCAAAGUAUUUCUUUUCUACAAUAGAGAGAACCAGUAUUUAUCAUAAGCAAAACUUUUCCAGCACACGGGAGAUUAAGGACGAGAGUAGAGAUUGUCAAUGGGAGGAGAAUAUUAUGGCACAAUACCGGAGGGAACAAUCGCUACUUAAAUGUGAUGCGGAAGAAGACGGAGCAUCUGUAAGUGGUAAUUCACAAUUAUUCUUCGGCGCUGAAGAGCCUUUGAAGCGCCAGUUGACGUUUGGACUGGAACAUUAAUGGAGUAUGAUUCAAUGAGAACGACACAGCAAUCUCGUGACAGAGGUGUAGUUGCAGCACCGGUGACACUUCGAGGUGAUGUUCGUGCAUACACGUGUAUACACGUGUAUAAGAACAACAACACCAGUAUCCGGUAGAGGAGUUACCGGGAUGAGAAUUAAUGGUGCUCGGACCUUGUCCAGAGCUGAUACUCGACCAUUCGGAAAAGCUCACUGAGCUGAGCUCAUCCAAGUUCCGGCCCCAACAGUUCUUGAAAGCAGCCAAUGUUUCAAGCGUGGUUUGCAAUUUUAAUACAAACGAGGUUUACUGCCGUUCAAAGCGAAGUCGAGAGCUUUCCAUAAUCAAUAGAGGACAAUAAUCUCGAGCUCAUGUCUGUUGGAGACUAGAUGGUCCAGAUUUGGAAUGGUGUCUUUGGAGUGCAUUCUCUUUCCUUGGGCUUUUCAUUUUGGGGGCGCGCUUCUUAAG